CACAACGUCCGACGACUGUUGCCAUCACCAUCCACGUGCUGUGGUGCCAAUUCGCCUCGUCUUUCAAUCCCAACAUGCUUUACUCGAUACCCCUGGCUGUUCUGUCUGGAGCCGCCACUGUGAUCGCGGCGCCAACGACAAAUGCAUCGCAGCCGUAUUCAUUAUGGAUGGCCACUUCCUAUCUCUCCAAGGGGUACAAGAUCAGUAACCACUAUGUACCAGCCGUAUUGAACGAAGGACAUCAAAAAGCCGCCGUCCUUCACAAGGAUGAAGCCUUGCUGAGCCAUGUCUCCAAAGCUAUAUCGUCUCUUGUUUCUGACAACGGAACCAUUAUCGGGUGGAACCCCUACAAGUACUCACUCGAUGAUAUUCGCAUUGGCAACAACUUUCUCUACUUCUGGGACGCAGAAGGCAGAAAGGAGAAGAAGUAUGAAAUUGCCGCGGCAUCAUUGUUGGACCAGAUCCAUAGGUUCCCAAGGAACAAGGCUGGCGGCUUCUGGCACCGCGAUCCUACCUAUCCGAAUCAGAUGUGGUUAGAUGGUCUGUACAUGGCCCAGACCUUCUACGCCACGUACACUUCCUACUUCGACUCGGCCAAUGUAACAGCGUGGAACGACAUCGUGCUUCAAUUCGACCUUAUCGAGGAGCAUACCCGGAACCAUACCUCCAACUUGCUAGUACAUGGCUAUGACGAGAGUAAGACUGCUGUAUGGGCAGAUCCCGUGACUGGAGCUUGCCCUCACGUCUGGAACCGCGCAGUUGGGUGGUACUUUGUGGCAUUGGUCGAGGUCCUACAGGUCUAUCCCAAGGAACUUGAAGGAUAUGCCCGGCUGCAGGGCUAUCUCGAAACUUUGGCGGAUGGUCUGGAGAAGGCGCAAGAUGAGUCGGGCGGGUGGUGGCUUGUGAUGGACGAGCCCUACCCCGGUAUGGAUGGUAACUAUAUCGAGUCGUCUGCCACGGCCAUGUUCACCUAUGCAUACCUGAAGGGCGCACGCACUGGGUUACUACCAAAAUCGUAUCAGGAGACUGCUCUCAAGGCGUACGAUCUGAUGGUGAACCGGUUUGUCAAACUUGAGAACAACGGGACGCUGUCUUGGGAAGGAACGGUAGAGGUGGGGUCGUUAUCUGGCAAUGGGUCCUACGAGUACUACAUUGGAGUUCCUCUAUCCGAGAAUGAUGGAAAAGGUGCCGGUCCCUUCAUGUACGCAGCAUCGGAAGUCGAGCAACUCGAACAAUAACCGUAAGUCCCUGCACAUGGCGAAGAGGGAGCUACAAGUAGAUAGAAAUCUAUGCAAAUGCACUGACAAGACCUCUCCUUGUGUGAUUCCCUCG